AGUGUCAAAUGCAGCUAGCUUAGCCAUUCGCCCAUUUAUGCGAGAUAGCUGGCUAGCGUUAGUUAGUUUAACGAAGUUCCUUUCAAAAUGUCAUCAGUCGAAGAAAUCGAAGAACUCCCCAACUCUGCGUCGGACGCAGUGGAGGAGGAAAAGGCAAUUAGCGACAAUGUCGAAGGAGAACCAGACAUUGAAGACGAAGAGCCUCCGCGAGGUGGAGGAUAUGUGUUUUACAGGGAUAGGAAAGAAUGGGCAGAUCUGGAGCCUGUUCCUCAGGACGAUGGGCCCAACCCUGUGGUGAAAAUAGCCUAUUCAGACAGAUUCGCAGAUGUGUAUGACUACUUCAGAGCGUUGCUGAAGAAUGAUGAGAAAAGUGAGCGAGCAUUUGCGCUGACCGCUGAAGCUAUUGACCUGAAUGCAGCAAAUUACACUGUAUGGCAUUACAGGAGAGUACUGCUGCAGGCUUUGGAGAAGGAUCUGCGAGAAGAAAUGAAAUAUAUCUCAGCUAUCAUAGAAGAUCAGCCCAAGAACUACCAAGUCUGGCAUCAUAGGCGCAUGGUGGUUGAGUGGCUUAAUGAUCCAUCCGAAGAGCUGCAGUUCAUAGCAGAGAUCCUCAGUCAGGAUGCCAAGAACUACCACGCAUGGCAGCACAGACAGUGGGUCAUUCAGACGUAUAACCUGUGGGAUGGUGAGCUGGAGUAUGUAGACGAGCUGUUGGAGGAAGAUGUGAGGAAUAACUCUGCCUGGAACCAAAGGCACUUCGUUAUCACUCAUACCUCCACAUACUCUUCCCCUGAAGUACUGGAGCGAGAAGUGCAGUACAGCAUAAAACAAAUCAAGAAAGCACCCCACAAUGAAAGUGCCUGGAACUAUCUGAAAGGGAUUCUGCAGCCUGGAGGGUUGUCAUCGUACCCUGGGCUGCUGGAACAAGUUGAGGAACUGCGGGAGACAUUCUGUUCUCCAUACCUGCUUGGGUUCCUGGUGGACUUCUUCGAGGACGCGCUCGAGACCAGCAACACCAAGUACGACCAGACAGAAACACUUAACAAGGCCUUGGAGCUUUGUGAGCUGCUUGCCCAGGAGAAGGAUACUAUUCGGAGAGAAUACUGGCGCUAUGUGGCCCGCUCCCUUCAGAGCAAGUAUGGCUCGGGAGAAAUCCCUUCUCCACCCUCCUCCAACCCUGCCCCCAUGGAGCAACAGGAGACCCCCAACAAUGACUGAGAGAAAGAAAAAACAGAGCGAGUGAACCACAUAUGUGGAUAACUGGUUAUAGAGAGCAAAGCCUGAGAAACCCUGACUGGGCUCUGUGUGUAUGUGCAGUCUGGUUUUACCACAUUGGUAAAUCCCAUUACAUAGCUUUUGCAAGUCGAGAGAGGCUUUGUGGUCUCUGUCUAGUCAUGUAACAAGACUUAAAAGACUGCAAAGAAUCAGUCUUAGUUUACUAGCAAAAGACUUAUGUAUGAAGAGGAGUUAGAGGAGUUUGGAAAUUCACACCAGCAGAUAAUGGCUCUCAGUUACAGCGAUCUUUGGUCUGCAUCCAAACUCUACAGGGGGAAAGUCAUUUAGCAAAGGAACUGUACAAAUAUGUAACUAAGCUGCGAAUAUAGACAAAACCUCUGUUGCCAAAACAUUCACUAGACUGUAUUACAAAAAUUCUGCAUUGCUCCCAACUGUUUUGUUUUUGUUUGUUUUUUUGUACGCUUAGAAUAAAUAAUGGUUAACACCA